UUAUUUAUACAAGUUUGCAGGUAAACACUGCCUAAAAUAAUGCAAAAAAGGUAGCAGUGGUUUUGCUACUGAUAUCAAUAAAUGCAUUGUCAAGAACAUUAGAUAUAUAAUUUUGUGAACUUAGUUGAUAUAUCUGCUAAUUUGGAUGACAGAGAGGAUGCGAUGGAUUUUUGCAUCAACAAACCGUGUCAGAGUACUAGAAGUGUAAUUCCACCUAAAAGGUUGAACAGUUACUUUUGUGAUGGAAGAAAGUCAUGUGAUCAAGGAAAAUGUUAGUUAUGAAAUUGGUAUAGAAGUGUGAGAACGUGGGUAGGAAAGGAUAAGGAAGUUAUUUGCGAUUUUGAAUAAUCCAUCUCUUUCUUCUGUCUUCUCAACCCCUUCGAGACUUCUAGAUUCAGAUUCUAAGUCUAUUUCAUGUAUCGUAGUUUGCUGCAAUUUCCUUUGUUGUGUCUUAUCAUAUUAUAAUAGUAUUUAGUAGAACAUCUCUCUCUUUAUAUAUCUAAAUCAUUGUUUGUAUUAUGAAAUUGUGAGUUGUUUCAUUGGUACUUUCAUCUAGAGUUCUCUAAUGGAAGAAGACCCAAAGCUCAAGUUCAUCGCAAACUCCAUACAGGUGGUGAAAGAGUCAUUCUCGAGUGACAUCUCUGAGAUGCGAUAUAUGUUAAAAGAAGUUGUAGGUCACGUGAUGGCACUAGGUUCUCAGAAUGGUACUCCUGUAGCGGCAACACCUCAACCACAUCAAACUACUGAAGUUUAUGGAGGUCAUGCCAUGGAACCUCCUACUUUAUGCCACAAACCUGCUUCGGUUGAAUUAGGACGAUUCCAUGGAGUGAAUCCUGAAUCAUGGGUUUUUCAAGCAGAUUACUUUGAAUUAUAUGGAAUCACAGAAGAUCACAAGUUAAUACUAGCCUCGUUCUACUUGGAUGGCGAUGCUUUGGAAUGGUAUCGAUGGCUUUUUCGCAACAAACAGUUAUUUAAUUGGGAGCAUUUUACUGAGAAACUGUUGGUUAGAUUUUAAAAACGAGAUCUUAGCAGACCACUACGGUGGCUGAAUACCAAAGUCAUUUCGAAGCAGUGUAUAAUGAGACGAUGCAUUUUCCAGAUUAAGUAUUAACCCACUUUUUUACUUCUAGACUGAGGCCUGAUAUUAAAACAGAUGUUUUAAUUGGU